CGCCCAUCAGAAGCGACGAGCCAACCUACGGAGCCAAGGCUGAUGCCAGCAUGAUCCAUGGAGAGAGCAAGUCUGAUCCAGAAGGCCAAGUUGGCAGAACAGGCCGAACGCUAUGAGGACAUGGCAGCUUUCAUGAAGAGUGCUGUGGAAAAGGGUGAGGAGCUAUCCUGCGAAGAGCGAAACCUGCUGUCAGUGGCCUACAAGAAUGUGGUGGGUGGCCAGAGGGCUGCCUGGAGGGUCCUGUCCAGUAUCGAGCAGAAAAGCAAUGAGGAGGGCUCGGAGGAGAAGGGCCCAGAGGUGCAAGAAUACCGGGAGAAGGUGGACACUGAGCUCCGGGGCGUGUGCGACACCGUGCUGGGCCUGCUGGACACCCACCUCAUCAAGGAGGCUGGUGACGCCGAAAGCCGGGUCUUCUACCUGAAAAUGAAAGGCGACUAUUACCGCUAUCUGGCCGAGGUGGCCACUGGUGAUGACAAGAAGCGCAUCAUCGACUCUGCCCGGUCAGCCUACCAGGAGGCCAUGGACAUCAGCAAGAAGGAGAUGCCGCCCACCAACCCCAUCCGCCUGGGCCUGGCCCUGAACUUUUCUGUCUUCCACUAUGAGAUCGCAAACAGCCCUGAGGAGGCCAUAUCACUGGCCAAGACCACCUUUGAUGAGGCCAUGGCUGACCUGCACACCCUCAGUGAGGACUCCUACAAAGACAGCACCCUCAUCAUGCAGCUGCUUCGAGACAACCUGACUCUGUGGACCGCCGACAAUGCCGGGGAAGAGGGGGGUGAGGCACCUGAGGAGCCCCAGAGCUGAGCCUCGCUGCUACCCUCCCUGCCCUGCCCUGCCGCUCCAGUCCCCCACCCCCAGCAGAGAGGACUAGCAUGGGGUGGGAGGCCCGACCCUUCUCCCUGAAUGCUCUGCCCCAGCUCAGAGGCUCCAUAGAGAGGGACCAGCAGAGCUGAAGCCACCUGGAGCCAUUGGGUCCCACUCUUCCUGCAGCUGUCGGGUGCUCCUAACCACUGGUCAUUCCAUCCAGCCCUGCUCUCUGCACCCCUUCUCGAGACCCUCCCCGUGAACGGGAUCACUUCUUCCCCCCUCUUGAUUCCCUCCUGACCCUGCUGCCUCUGGAUCUUAGGAAUUGAGGAGUGUCCCACCCUUGUGGCUGAGAACUGGACCGCAUGGCAGAGAGGCUGGAGAGUGAGAGUGUGUGUGUGUGUGUGUGUGUGUCUGUGUGUGCGCGUGUGUGUGACCCAGAACGAGAGGGAAAGCAUGCCUGCUGGGUGUGACCAUGUUUCCUCUCAAUAAAGUUCCGUG